GACACGGAUGUCUACAGCGACAGGCAAGAGCCCCGUUAUCAUGGAAAGAUAAGCUGUCCUAACUUGCCCACACAUGCCAUGAUGACGUCACAGCUGACGUCACAGGAUGUCCGGAACUGGUGCUGCGAUGCUUUGCAACCUGCCUCUGUGCUCCGUCGCCCAGCGACGGUCAGCGGCCGUUCCGGGCCGCUUUCUUCAAGAUGACGUCGUUGAUCUUCAACUAAACUCCUUCUCUCCACUCUAUUUCUAUCUUUUCAUUUUAUUUUCUACCUAUUUUUUUAUUUUUAUCAGCUCAAGUAGCCGGCAACUCACACAGUGGUCUGGACGUGUCUUAGAUGAUCCCCAAUUAGUGUAAUGACUCCCUGAAUUAUCCUAAUUACUGUGGGGGGUCCCAAAUUGCUCUAAUUGCUAAUUAAUGGCGUCCAGGCGACUGUGUGACUUGCCGGCUUCUUGAGCUGAUACACUACUACUGGGAACUGGGUUGCCAAGCCAUUCCAGGUGUGGGAACUGACCAUAGCCUUUCACUUCGGAGAAUAGAAAGAAAUGGAAUUAUCGCAAAUCUGCAUUCCUCGGAAUGGAAUUCGAACGGGAGACGCCAUUCCGCAACCCUGGUAGACAUGGUUCUGUUGAUACCCGAAGUACAAAUGAACACAACGCUUGUUGACUGGUGAACCUACGAACAUACAUUCGCAACGUGCGGGACUCCAGCUGUUGGACACAAGCGGACACAGGAGUGAUAACGACAGACUCGGACGUCUUUAGGAUGCCGGAAGAAAGGCCUCUGAAAGUCUUUGAGUACGACAUGCGAUAUGCGAAUGGGGCCGAAAAGCGCGGGAAAUGUUUCAUCUUCAACUUCUCGAAGUUUGAUAACGGGGAUGAACGAAAGGGAACCGAAAAAGACAAACAGAGGAUAAUGAAGCUGUUUCGAGAAAAGCUUGGAUUUUCUGUUGACGUCUACGACAACCUCACAAAAGAGACGAUGCUAAAAACUCUUAAAAAGUUGGGUGCUGAGGAUUACUCAGGCUCACGUUGCCUCUGCGUGUUUGUGUUGAGUCAUGGAAAAGAUGAUGCCAUACGCUGCUCAGACGACCAAGCAGUUCAACUAUCCGAGGUGUAUGCUGUGUUCGACCCGACAUUCUGUAAAGGCCUGACCGAUAAACCUAAAUUGUUUUUCAUUGAGGCUUGCCGGGGUGUUAAGAAGGACACAGGGGUUCAAUACGAUGGUCCAGUUGAUACUGUCCUGUGGAGCUUCACAAGAACGCUUCCCCGUUUUGCUGAUGUCUUUGUCCUCUACGCCACAUGCCCCGGUGUUGUCUCGUACAGAAACGAACGUGAAGGAACGUACUUCGUUCAGACGCUCUGUGAAGUCCUGGAGAGCAACCACCAUGUCAUGGAUUUCAUGACCAUGAUGACGAUUGUCAACUUUUAUGUAGCAGAGCAGGACAUUCGCGUUUUCUCUGCGGAAGUGGAGAAACAGAUGCCGAACAUAAGUUCUACGCUGAGGAAGAGUUUACUGUUUGCGGCUCCGGAUGCCGGCGAGCAGUGUGUUUGCAGCUGCGGAACAGCGAUGCAUAAUCAGGUUCCUUGCGAAUGCGAGGACAAGGUGACAAUGACACAGCCAAGCAGUGCUGCUGAGGAGAGUGAACACGCCUUUGCGUGCAAAAGCACCCAGGAGGUCAAGAUGGGCGACGAACUAUCAAGAACACAGCCAUGCAGAGCUGUUGCGCCCAGUGAACAGACCACACAUAGCCAGGUGCGGCCACCAAGUCCACGUACUGAAGAUAACCGGUACUACCCUGAUGCAGAUAUGAACCUGAAGAUAUUGUCACGCACACACAUAGAAUGGAGGCCGAAAGGAAUAAGAAAGUUGGUGAAGCUAGGUAGAUGUGGACUAGUGGACAGCAUAGCAAGCACGAAGUUCCAAUUGAAUGGGUACCUUUUUCAGCUAGAUGUUACUACCAAUAAGGAGUCGUUUUAUGACAUGGAAGUGUAUGUUCUGCUUCGCAUGUGUUCCAGUGCGAAUGACGAUAACCUGGCAUGGCCAUUCAAAACCCCAUACACGAUCAUCCUCCACCACCCUCGUGAUGAAGACUUCGCUAUAUCGAAGGCUGGUGAAUUCUCCCCAUAUUUCCGUGCCUGUUAUCUAAGGCCAAAAGCUCCCAGUAAUGUCCCUGUUAAGUACUUCUCCAUGCCCCUUGAGAAACUUCAUCGUCAUGGCUAUGUAGUCAACGAUUCCCUGCACCUGUCGUUUAAGUUGCAUACUUAAAUGCAAUAUUGCACUAUAUAGUAUAAUGUAGUGUAUUGUAUGUAUUGCCUAUAUGAUAUACUGAGUGCAGUGUAUAUGAUUAUGCAGUGUUCAAAUUGAAGUAUGUUAGCUACAGAGAUUCCAAGUUUGGCAUGCACUGGCUGGUGAUCGUCAUCUGAUUCUUUUUUUUUUUUUUUUGCAAACAGACAAGAGUACAAUAAAAGUAAUGCGCAAUGACUCGAACAUACAAUUCAAGAAACGUGUUGACAAUAGCGCCUCUGCCAAUACACCGAAAAUAAGUGCAUCGCGUUAUUAAUUUCAAGCGGAUAACCCACACUGCUGAUCUCCAAUAUGACCGCGAUCUUUAUUGUAGUGUUUUCGUAGAAUCUACUAAAACCCGCUGUUAGCAAGAUCUAGAGUACGGUACUCCAAGCGCUGUUUUGCCCCAAUGCAAUUCAGAGCCGUCAGUGUGGAUCUUUGCUUCACCAAAGCCGUGUUUCGGAUUUUGGGCUUAGCACACUGCUUUCUUUUCUAUAUACAGGGUGUUUGCUCUAACGUGUCCAGAUAUUAUAUUUAAAGCGAGCGAUAAAAGAAAAGCAAGCGGUGCUUUUCGGCUACUUGAGUAAGAAACAGGUACUGCUUCACUAGUAGCACCUCUUUCUUACUUAAGCAGCUGAAAAGUACGGGUCGUUUCUCUUUUAUCGCUCGCUUUAAAUAAAUUUUGUGAACACGUCAGAGCAAAUACCCUGUAGAGCGGACAACCAAAGUUGUCCUGAUGCGACCACGCAUCGCGCGAAAUGUUAAGAGAAAUGCAUCUAAAAAUAAAUGCAUAUAACGCAUCUAAUGUAAAAGAUGAUACACCAUUUAUUGUAAUCUACUUUCAACAAGACAACAUCGCAGCGAAACUUGUGUGUUAGAGAUGAAAUAAAUUUGUGAAAUUUGAAACAUA